UCCCCCGCAACCCUUCCGCUCUGGUGGACCGCGGUGCUGCCGGUCUCUGCGCGCUGAUUGGCUGAGGAGAGAGCGGAGCCGUGCGUCAGAGCGCUGGCGGUGACGCCACGGGGGCUUUUCCAGGCUGAGCCAGGAGGAAGCUCACGAUGAAGAACCAAGGUGGCGAGACCAAAGCAGCCCCACGGCCUCCCAGCUCCCCCAGGAUGAGCAGCGCUCUGGUGCUGGAGGAGGGCGAUGCACCGGAGGCCACGGCACCCCCGGAAGCUCCUCUGGCACAGGAGGACACCAAAUCCUCCCGGCCCGCCGUGCGCGACGUCUCGGAGGAGCUGAGCAGGCAGCUUGAGGACAUCCUGAACACGUACUGCGUGGAUGCCAGGCAGGAGGCACCGGGGGAGGACGGGGGCCAGAGUGAGCCCCCGGAGCCUGAGGAGCCCGAGAAGGGCCGCAGCGAGUCCCCAAGGAACGGGGAGCAGGAGCAGGGCGGCCCCGAGAUGAACGGGGAGAAGGAGAGCACCAAAGGGACUGAAGAGUUCCGGCCCGGGGAGGAGUGUGGGGAGCGGGAUCAGAAGAAGGCACAGGAGAAGAAGAAAGCCAAAGGCCUGGGCAAAGAGAUCACUUUGCUGAUGCAGACCCUGAACACCCUGAGCACGCCAGAGGAGAAGCUUGCAGCCCUGUGCAAGAAAUACGCUGAGCUGCUGGAGGAGCACCGGAACUCCCAGAAGCAGAUGAAGAUCUUGCAGAAGAAGCAGACGCAGCUGGUGCAGGAGAAGGACCACCUGCAGAGUGAGCACAGCAAAGCCAUCCUGGCCCGCAGCAAGCUGGAGAGCCUGUGCCGCGAGCUCCAGAGGCACAACCGCACCCUCAAGGAGGAGGGCGUCCAGCGUGCGCGGGAGGAAGAGGAGAAGCGGAAGGAGGUGACAUCCCACUUCCAGGUGACACUGAACGACAUCCAGCUCCAGAUGGAGCAGCACAACGAGAGGAACUCCAAGCUGCGCCAGGAGAACAUGGAGCUGGCAGAGAGGCUCAAGAAGCUCAUCGAGCAGUACGAGCUGCGGGAGGAGCACAUCGAUAAGGUGUUCAAACACAAGGACCUGCAGCAGCAGCUGGUGGAUGCCAAGCUCCAGCAGGCACAGGAGAUGCUGAAGGAGGCAGAGGAGAGACACCAGCGGGAGAAGGACUUUCUGCUGAAGGAAGCUGUGGAGUCCCAGAGGAUGUGUGAGCUGAUGAAGCAACAGGAGACCCAUCUCAAGCAGCAGCUGGCUCUCUACACCGAGAAGUUUGAGGAGUUCCAGAACACCCUUUCCAAGAGCAGUGAAGUGUUCACCACGUUCAAGCAGGAGAUGGAGAAGAUGACAAAGAAGAUCAAGAAGCUGGAGAAGGAGACCACGAUGUACCGCUCUCGCUGGGAGAGCAGCAACAAGGCGCUGCUGGAGAUGGCUGAAGAGAAAACCCUGCGGGACAAAGAGUUAGAGGGGCUGCAGGUGAAAAUCCAGCGCCUGGAGAAGCUGUGCCGAGCCCUGCAGACCGAGCGCAACGACCUCAACAAGAAGGUGCAGGACCUGUGUGCCCACGUGCCCCGGGCAGACACCGACCUGGGCGAACCCCUGAAGGACCCCCCUCGGGACAGCUCGGAUGCGGUGGCUCCAGCCGAGGAAUGCCUCAACUUGGGAAAGCCAACGCAGAGCCUGGAUCCUGCACCCGAGAGCAUGGGGGAACUGAGCAUAGGAGCCUUGGGGCAGAGCGGGACUGAGGGAGGCAGCCGGGGCGCUGACUGAGCCUGCUGUGCGCCAGCACAGACAUGCAGGGCAGCCAUAGGUGAAAACGAGAACGACCCAACCCUGCGUGUGCGUGAGUAACUAAUAUAUGGAGCUCAACUGAUCGACCCUCUCACUGGGAGACCUUGGCAUGGGCAGGCUGCAGCUCCCCAGAAACCUCGUGCACCUCAGGAAAGGGGGUGCCUGGAUCUGCCCUGGCCCAGCGGGAACAUCCGGAUGCAGCAACGCUCUCACAUGGAGCGAAAGGAACCGAGCCAAGCAGGGAGAAAAGGAAGCAUUU